CGGGAGUGAAUGUCUGUUACAGUCACAUAUCGUUCCAUCUAGUAUCAACAAGCACGGGGCGCACGUUGCACCGUUUUUUUUAAAAAAAUUAAUUCAAGAACGAUAACUCUUGUAGUUACUUGUUCCGGGAUUAGUUUAAAUGGUCGUUGGUGUGAGAAACCAUGAGAACUUUAGUUGAGAAUUAGAAGUUAAUCAAACAACUGUUGGCCGUUCAUCAUCUUAAGAGAUAGAUGUAGGUCAGAAACAGAAAUAUGAAUCUUCCACUGAAGUGGACUGUUUUUUCCUUGCUGUUCGCACACGAAGAACGAUAUACAAAUACUGUCUUCUUUAUAGCUAAUGUCUAACAGCACCUAUUUUUUUUUCCUGAUAUACUAAAAUUAUUUUUGUACAUACAUUAAUGACGUUAUUACUCUCAGUUAUCAAGGUAUUGACUGCUGUUAUACAUUUUGACCACCUUUCAACUUAUCUAUGUAUGAAGAGGACGUUGUUUUGAAACCAUGGUUCCUGCAAAUAUAACUAGUUUUGUACUAAAAUUACUAAAUCCCCAAAGUUCUUCAUCAGUUUUAUUUAUUCCAUUAAUCUGGUAAUAGAAAAAAAAAAUAUUAGAUACAAUGCAAGAAAGUUCUGACUUUGAAAAUAUAUUCACUGCUCUAAUUACAAUUUUCUUGUUAAUUUAUAUUUAAAAGUUUUUCAUGAUACCUGGAAAUUAAAAAUUUCAUUAGUUGUAGUAAUAAUAUCAAUUAUAAUAGAAAUAUAUUCAUUUACUAGUAAAAAAAAUAAGUUUAUUACUUUCAUUUGAAAUGACUGAAGAAUAAUGGUAUGACAUGGCGUCAGAUGAACCAGUUUCAUCAAAACGAAGAGCAGGUAGGGGCUCUUCUUAUAUAAUACCUUUGGACACAUCUCCUCCCAGGACAAAGAAAUCUGCUGAUUAUGGCCAGAAACCAGUUCUGAAUGAAAAGGUUUCUAAUAACAUAUGUGAUGAUGAGAAUGAUGCAUGUAGACAUCUUAAUGAAACAGACGAUGUGGGUGGAGAGAGAGACUAUUUUCAGACCCGAGAAAACUUUCAACGAACUAGUUUGAGAUAUCUUGAAAUGCAUCGGUCGAGUACAGAAAAGUUUCUAGCUCGACACAGAGCAGCUUACCAAAUGAACCAACCACCUACUGAGAAACCGAUUUCCAAUCAGACAGCUAAAGUUAAAAAUGAGGGCAAGGCUCAGCAGUUAAGUCGGGCUGGUCUGUAUCGGAGCAAUAGUAAUUUAGAGAUGGAUUGUGUAGAAUAUUCUGAUGAAGAUGUAUCUAAAACUGUUGUUUCUUCUCGCAGAGAAUAUGGAAGUACAUCUUCACUUGAUACUAUUCCAACAAACCAUGAAGGUUUCUUUGAUAUGGUAAGAGAUUAUAAACUUAGGAAUGCAGACCAAAGAAGUCCUGCUCCUCCAAAGUUUCAUGAAGUCUUACGAGGGAAGGCAAUGCCUGAAAAGCUGACUCCAAGCAGCCACGGUGGUAUGAAAUCAGAAUGUCUUUCUUCUGAAAAAGAUUCUGAAAGCACUCAAAGUCCAAAAUUGAAAACAAAAUUUAAGCACAAAGAUCGCAAAGUACGUGCAAAGUCAAUCACUGGAGAAGCUGGGUCAGGAAUAUUCCGAAAGUUACGAGGUGCAAAAGUUGAUGGAUCAGAUAUGGGAAUGAAAACUUCCGAUGUAUCAGAUGGGUUUGAUAGUCGGAACGAGGAGAGAAUAAUGCGUAAAGCAUUUGUUCAUUUUGAUUGUCAAAGCAUUGGCAUUAAUGUCUAUGAUUUGAUAGAUAAACGAAAUAACGCUACAGAGAGGAAAAAUACUACAACCGGGGCAUCUGCUGCAUCUGUUAAUCGUAACAGCUACACAGGAGACAAAGAUAACUCUGAACUGUGUGCUGAACAGGACGAAGGAGACAACAAAAGUAAUAAUUUAGUGUUGAGUUGUCCAUUUUUUCGAAAUGAGUUGGGCGGUGAGGAAUGUCGUAACAUUAGCUUAUGUAAAGUCACAGCGCAGAAACGAAACAAGCUACCUUCCAACAAAGAAAUAGAACAUGGUGUUAUUUAUCGGAAUUCUAUUUGUACAGGAAUCUCAGUCUUAGACUCCUCUUUGAACUCAUCUGGUCAGUCAUUGCCAUCAUUUGUAAAACACAAAGACUUCAUUAUUGAAUAUGUGGAUUAUGGUGCUUACUAUUACAGACACUUUUUUAAUGGAACUGAUCAUCAAAAUUAUUUUGGUAUUGAUGAAAAUCUUGGACCCACUGCUAUCAGUAUUAAAAGAGAAAAAACUGAUGGUCGCGAAAAUAAUAAUGGUAAAGCUGAUUACGGUCAGUUUCAGUUCCGUGUCAUCUUCAGAACAAGUGAGCUCGCAACACUGCGUGGUUCCAUCUUGGAAGAUGCUAUACCAUCAUCUAGUCGUUUAAGUAGUUCCAGAGGAGUUCCUUAUAAAGAUGUUUUGGAAUAUAUACUGCCAGAAGUUAAUCUUUCUUGUUUAAAACAAGCCAUUCCUGGUCAAAAGACUGCUGAACAACUGCUCAAGCUGGAUGAGCAAAGAAUUACAAAAUCAUAUAAAGUUGGCAUUAUGUACUGCAAAGCUGGCCAAUCCACUGAAGAAGAAAUGUAUAAUAAUGAGAAUCACGGACCUGUCUUUGAAGAAUUCUUAGAAUGCAUUGGCACCCGGGUACGAUUACAAGGUUUUGAUAAAUAUCGUGGCCAACUUGACAAUAAAAUGGAUUCAACAGGAACUCAUUCUAUUUAUGCAACUUUCAAUGACUAUGAAAUUAUGUUUCAUGUCUCCACAUUGCUUCCAUUCACACCAAGUAAUAGACAACAGCUUCUCCGCAAGCGCCACAUAGGAAACGAUAUUGUCAGUAUUGUAUUCCAAGAACCAGGAGCUUUGCCAUUUACACCAAAGUCUGUCCGAUCUCAUUUCCAGCAUGUUUUUAUCAUUGUACAAGCUCAUAACCCAAAUACUCCUCAAGUUUCAUACAGUGUUGCUGUCAGUCGAUGUAAAGAUGUCCCACCAUUUGGCCCAUCAAUUCCCGAAAAACCAUUUGCAAAAGGACCAGAAUUUACAGACUUUUUGUUUGCCAAAUUGAUUAAUGGUGAAAAUGCUGCUCAUAAGUCUGAGAAGUUUAAAGCAAUGGCAGGUCGAACACAUCAGGAAUAUCUCAGAGAUUUAGCUCUGAAUUAUGUGACCACAACAGCUUUAGAUUCAAGUUCUAAACUUAGUAAAUUUGCUCUUGGAAGUGGCCGAAAAAAGGAACGUAGCAAGCAGAAAGUGGUUCCUGAUUUGUUUGCUAAAGGAGCAACUGUCUUCCCUGUUAAGGUUGAAGAUUUUGGUCUUGCCAAUAGAAUUGAUUGUAUUUUUGGAAUUGCUGCAGAAAAUAUUGUUCUUAUUGAAGAAAGUACCAAAGAUGUGAUAUUUAGUGUUCCUUGUACAAAAGUUCUUGGCUGGACAGCAUUUACUACUAGUCUAAAACUGUAUCACAGCCAAGGGGAAUGUGUUGAAAUUAUGCCAUCCAGUGGAGAAUCUGAUGAAGUUCUUGAAAUUGUCAGCUGUUUAAGUGCUGUAACGUUAGGUUGUCAAACACAAGAAAUGACACUGAAGCGAAAUGGUCUGGGACAACUUGGUUUCCAUAUACAAGCUGAAGGAAUUGUAACUGAUGUUGAACAUUAUGGUUUUGCUUGGGAUGCUGGAAUCAGGAAAGGAACGCGACUAGUUGAAAUUUGCAAAAUAGCUACAAUAACUAUGACCCACGAGCAAAUAGUAGAUUUAUUGCGUACAUCAUCAACAGUUAAAGUAGUAGCUAUACCACCAGAUGCGAAUGGCAAUCCAAGAUCUGAUGUGAAGUCUUCACCUGGUCAGAUUAGAACACCUGAAAAGUGUGAAGCUGGUCCUACAGAAAUAUCUGGAGAGAUGACAUCAUCUGUGAAAUUGGCUGAAAAUAAGGAAAAUCGUUGGUCUAAAGACAGUUUAGAGCAUAGCCAACACUUGAAGGACGGAGUCCAUUCACGAAGCAAUUCCCAAGACAGUGGGGAUCGGUCUCUUUCAGGUAGUAGCAAAGAAAAAUCAAAUGCCUCCAAUACUACAAACCAAAGAUCUCAUAUGCCGAUAAGCAAACUUGUACAACAUUUUGAAAGUAAUUGCAAAGAAGAUACAUCUGCAAUUAGCAGCAGUGGUGGAAGCUAUUCUAGCCCAUCUGAGAAAGAUAAAUUAUCAAGUCACAGUCUUUCAGCCAGUUCCAACUCCCCAGUAUCGGUAAAGUCGGCAGCUGUCAGUAACAGCAACAGUAUGCAAGCUAUAGAAAAGCAACAUCCGUAUGUCAGCAGCACUAUGAGUGAUUAUGUGUCGCCAGGUACACCACAGUCAGGAAAUAUAUCACUGGAACUAAUGAAGCAGAACCAAAAUACUAAAUAUUUAUUACGACAACAACGGAAGAACAGCGCUCCAGAGCGUAUAAUCAGCAGUGCCACCAAUUUUGGUCAGGGUAUAGAUGUUUGCUUCACAAAUAGUUCAUCUCAUGGUUACAAAUCUUCAGAAAAUUUCAUGCAGCUGUCUUGCCAAGAAGAGAUGUUAUCUGGCAUUGGUAGUACUUCUCGAAAGAAAAUGGAGCAUCUAAUUAGUAAUAGCAAGGGCCGGCCAGAAGGUCUUUAUAAACGGGGUCAGUUUGACACUUCACCUGCUAGUAGCAGUUGUAGUAGCAGUCCAAGGUCAUCUAGCAAAAAUUUAUCAGGAAGAUCUUCAGAAGAAUCUUUGAGCUCCAAGAACCGUGUUGGUAAUGUUGGAAUUCCUGCUGUUCCCCACACCAGUUCCUCAAUGCAUGCUGCUAUUUCUAAUAGUGCAGUGACCAGGACUCCUCACCAUUCUAACACAAAGCAUGCAGUAAACACCAGUAAUUUGCAAGAAGAUUUAUUACGACUCUUCAAUAAUAUUAGCACCACCAAUCCACCUGAAGAUUUAGAUAAGUCUCCUGAAGGGCUUUAUGUGCAAGCAGUGAGCACUCCUUUACAGCGAGCCACUUCUGAAGAAAGUCUUAACAGUAGCAAAAGUUCCGCAGUCCCGAAUAUAAAUGUGGAAAAUUAUGCCACUACAGACCUUCGGUUUAGCAAAAAUGCACCUGUCAGGAAACAAGUUGCAAUGAUCAAAUCAGAAAAAGAUCCUAGGGAUAGACUCUCUCCAAGUGUGCGAAGUGAUAAAUCCUUAGUGUCUCCUCCAACCAGGCGAAAAUAUUCAUCCCCAUCACCUAACUCCCGAAUUCCGUUAGUGGGGUCCACUGCUUCAUUAGAAUGGUCAAACCUUGUGAAUGUUGCAACAAAGGCAAUAGAAAGUACACAAAUGAAGAAUCAAAAACAGUCAAGUGAACAAGUAUUACAAGCAAAAGAGAAAAAUGAACUCUUAACUCCUCAGAAUAAAGACAAAAGUAUGUCAAGAACAGUUGUAUCAAAUCCACAACAAAGAAUCAAAGAACUGGAACAAAAAGUACAGCAAACCUGUAAUGAUUUAGAUAAGGAAAAACAAAAGAAUUCUCAGUAUGAAUCUGAAAUAACCAAAUUACGAGCUGAAAAUCAACGACUCCAAGAUGAAUCUCAAACAGCUGCUACAGAGUUACGAAGAUUUACAGAAUGGUUCUUCAACAUUGUUGAUAAGAAUUGCUUACAACAAUCACCGACAGGACUUUCACAAUUUAUGCAAGCUGGUUUCUCAGAAAAGAAUAUAGAUCGACCAUUAUAAAGCUUUACAUAUGUUUAUUUAUCUCACAAUAAAACUAAUGAAAGUAUAUAUUUGUGUAUAUGUGUAUAUAAUAUAAAUGCAUGUGUAAAUUGUAUGUCAGUGUGUGCGUACACACACA